AUGCUCACAGGAGCCGACACCAUCAAGGAGGCGCUAACAAUUCGCAAUGAAACAAUCGAGGUGCUACGCGCAGGCGCUUUCGAGCUUGGCAAAUGGACCUCCAAUUGCCCGGACCUACUGGCUGGCAUCGAGGAACAAAAUAAUAGCCCUGUCGCUAUCAACAAUGGCCUGGAAUCAUCCAUAUUAGGUAUUCAUUGGAAUCAACUCCAGGACACACUUCAUUUUUCUUAUAGGCCCGAUACUAAUCAUUCCACGGUCUCCAAACGGAGCAUACUUUCCGAAGUUGCGAGACUUUUCGACCCUCUCGGACUGUUAGGACCUGUGAUCGUUCUAGCCAAACUCAUUCUGCAGGAACUCUGGCAGUUGGGAUCUCAUUGGCAUGAAUCGGUUCCACGGGAGCUUCACUCGCGUUGGUCGAGGCUCAAAUCGCAUUUAGUCGAUGUUAAUCAACUCUCCGUUCCGCGGUGCGUCAAACUCAACACUAGCCCUCAAUCGUUGCAAAUCCACGGCUUCUGCGACGCAAGCCAAUUGGCAUACGGGGCAUGCGUCUAUAUCCGCACAAAAUCCCGAGACGGUACCUACCACACCGAACUAUUGUGCUCCAAAUCUCGCGUCGCUCCCCUUAAGGCGAUUUCCUUGCCACGUCUUGAGCUUUCGGCAGCUCUGCUGUUGGCUAAAUUAAUGAGCAAAAUCAAAGCUGCAUUCCAGACGGCCGCCAUGCAGACGUUCUUGUGGUCGGACUCUACAAUAGUCCUAAAUUGGAUAGACUCAUCAUCACGAAAGUGGUCAGUCUUCGUGGCCAACAGAGUAGGUCAGAUUCAAACCGUAACCAAACCGAGUGAUUGGCGUCACGUCAAUUCCGGCAACAACCCGGCUGACAUCUUGUCGCGCGGUCUCGACCCACGGGAAUUAGCUAAGUCCUCGAUUUGGUGGCACGGACCUACCUUUUUGGGGGUGGAUGACGAUUAUUGGCCCGACUCUGGAUUCACGCGCUCGCUUAUCAAUCUUCCCGAACAAAGAAAGUGUCUAACAGCCGUUGUGGUUUCUGAUCAUUCAAUCGUAGACGAAUUAUUGAAGAGGCAUUCAAGUCUCAACAAGGCAUGUCGCAUUCUCGCGUAUUGUUUGAGAUUUCGUAAAUCUCAGCGCCCGGAUAGGUUUACCAUCCGCGUGUCGCAUCAAGAAAUUUCAACGGCAUUACAGGUUAUGUGCAAAUCAACACAGAGUCAAGCCUUCCCCGAGGAGUACGAGGCCUUACGCAGCGGUCAUGCUCUUAAGGCAUCAAGCAACAUAUUAUCACUAUCUUCGUUUAUUAGCAAAAACGGAUUAAUUCAAGUAGGAGGCAGAUUGGUCAAUUCAGAUCUAAAUUUCGACGCGUGCCAUCCGGUAUUAUUGCCGCGGGAUCACAUUUUAACGCGUCGCAUAAUAGAGCAUGAGCAUCAGCGCAACGCGCAUGCCGGAGCCCAGGCCACCAUGGCGGCAGUAAGGCAGCGCUUUUGGCCAAUUUCUUUGCGUUCAAUCACCCGAAAAAUAAUAAGAAAUUGCGUGACGUGCUUCAAAAGGAAACCCAUCCAGUCAGAGGCCAUCAUGGGAUCAUUGCCCACGGGACGUGUAACCGUUUCAAGACCUUUCGCCCAUUGCGGCAUUGACUAUGCAGGGGUGCACUGCGAGCUCGUCAGCGAUCUCUCGUCAGAUUCCUUUAUAGGCGCACUCAAACGCUUCGUAUCGCGCAGAGGGAAAUCGUCUUGCAUUUAUUCGAAUAACGGGACCACGUUCGUCGGAGCACAACGACAGCUUAAAGAGCUCUCCGAAUUUCUGCGUAGCGAGGAAAUACAAUCCGACGUAAGUAACUUCCUACGCGAUCAGGAAACUACGUGGAAAUUUAUCCCGCCCAACGCCCCUCACUUCGGCGGGCUUUGGAAGGCCGCUGUGAAAUCGGCAACGCAUCACCUCCACAGAAUAGUUGGAAAAUCCCCGUUGACCUUCGAGGAAUUACAAACGAUCUUUUGCGAAAUAGAGGCGAUCUUAAAUUCACGCCCUCUUACUCCAUUAAGUAAUGACCCCAAUGACUUAACUUAUUUAAGUCCUGGCCAUUUUUUGAUAGGCACGACCUUGAAUAGUUUUCCUUAUCACGACCUGAUUGAUGUAAGCGAAAACAGAUUAGUCCGUUGGCAACGAGUUGAACAAGCGAGGCAGCACUUCUGGCGCCGGUGGAGUCGAGAAUACCUGCACACAUUACAAGAGCGCUCCAAGUCGAGGACCAACAAGGGCGAACAACUGAAGCCUGGUCAAAUGGUACUGCUCAAGCAACAAGGAUUGGCGCCCAUGCAAUGGUUAUUGGGUCGAAUUGAAGAGGUUCAUCCCGGAUCGGACAAAAUCGUGCGAACCGCAACCAUUCGCACGGCUAGGGGCAACUGCACCAGACCAUUAUCCAAGGUCGCUGUUCUACCAAUAGACACGUAA